CAUAAUAGUUUUUCUAAAAUAUCAUAUGAAACUCAAUAUUUUUAAUAAAGAAGGGGAUAUUUGUAAACUAAAUGUUGAGCCUGAUGCAACUAUAGAAAAACUCAAAUUUAUGGCCUUAGGACAUUUUGGGGCUUAUUUAGAAAAUCCUACUGAGAAACAGAGAGCAUCUAUUCGCUUUAAAUUACUACACAUUAAACAAUCACGAACUCUAGAUGAUCAAAAAACGAUUUCGCAAGAGUCUAUCAGAGAUUUAGAUGAAAUACUUCUAAUCAAAAAGCCUCCCGUUUUUUAUGAUGAUAAAAAAGACUUUCCAUUAGGCCCUUCAUUGAAAGAAAUUAUUAUAGCAACAGCCACUCUCCCACAAAAAGAUUUAAACAAUAUAACACCAAAAUUAAAGCCUUAUGCAUCAGAUUUUCAAACUGAGAUAAAAAGGGUUUUGAUAACUUUAAUACAGACAUCUCAUCGAUUACUAUGUUUAAACCCUCAAGCAUCCCAUAUUUUCCAACAAUAUCAUGAUAAAUUGAACACACCAGCACAAAAUCCAAGUGAAGGCUUAAAUCAAGCCUCAGUAAGUCGAUUAGUUGAAAUGGGAUUUAACGAAAAAUUAGCCAUCAAGGCUCUCUUGUUAAACAAGAUGGACAGCUCUAGAGCGGCUGAAUGGUUGCUCGAGAGAAGCGAGAUGGACGAUAAUUUCGACAACAAUUCCCCUGCCAUCGACAAUAUAAUUGCACGAGAUGGUGGUGAUAAACCUACAUCUAUAGAUUCCCCUAACUACGCUGCCACGUCAUCACCAAAAGCGCCACCCGUAAAUUAUUCUAACGACAUUAUGUCCAUAGAAAAUGACACGCCCGAAAAAAUUUUGAAAGCCUUCAGGGCCUUUAAGAGCAAGCAGUUUAGUCCCGAUCCCCAAGCUUUAGCAAAUUUGAAGGAAAUGGGGUUCGAAGAAAAAGAUAUACAAUUAGCCUUAGCCAUGUGCAAUAACUCUGAAGAUGCUGCUUGUGAAUGGCUGUUGCAAGACAAGAACAGAAAUGAUGCUAACGCCCUCCCAUCGGUAAAUCUGAAACAGCACUUGCCUUCCGAAAAACAUGGUCCCAUUAAAGAACAUGCAAACGAAGAGUUUUUGACUCUACCCCAAAAUAGUCCUAUCUGUAAAGCGUUACUCGCGGAUCCUACUAUAUUGCUGGGUCUUAAUAACCCCAAAAUGUUUAUGGUGCUGUUAAAUAUGUACGAGAGUUUUGUCCAGACCCAGGCACUCAACCUUGGCCAGUGGUUCAACGAUUCCGAUGCCGCCAUGUUACUUGGCCAGAUAUUCCGCAUAUACCACGCCGAAAAAUACAGUCUAUCUGAUUCCUCCGCAAUGUCCUCCACGAUCGUUCCCCCAUCCGAUAAUGGUAACAGCGAACAUUUUUCAGCUCGCAUAGGCGACGUCGUGCCUGAUUUUGUCGUUAGUUCCGACGAAUUUUGGCCACUCACGACCACCGCUUAUAAUAACCCUUAUACAUCCGGGGAUGAAAGCCAAAGCAGCCCAAAUUACCGUAAUAGGCAUACUCAAAGUAUUAAUAACAAUAAUAACCCAAAUAAUACUCUCUUCAGUGAAAGCCAACUAGGGUAUCAUAAUAAUAUUCCCCAUCGUUCUUCUGGCAGUUGGCAUGAUAUAACCGAAACUCAAGACAGGGCUCUAUCGAAUUUAAGCAACCCCAAUCCAUCCUACAACGCAUACCACACUUAUCAUUCUCCUUCACAACAGCAAACAACGCAUCUUCCCUCGAUAUACAAUAACCGAACGAUGGUCACCCCAUCUUACCCCUACCCUCCGUCUUCCAGCAGAAGACUCUCUUCUUCCACCUCGAAUCCCGGAACCGGGAUGGAUGGGUAUUAUCAACCACAAAGUGGGACGUACAUUGGUGCUAAUCGCACACUAGCAUCUCGUUUUCCUUAUACCCGGAACCACAAUUAUGGUACUCUUGUACCGGAUACCUUUAAUACAAGCAGAGGAGACAGCGGAGGUAGUAGCAUUGCCAAUAAUAAUGAAAGAAGGAGAAACGAAAAUAAUAACACGGGGGCUACUACAUGGGUCAAUAUUGACCCCUCCUUUAUACCCCACAAUAAUUAUCUAUGAUGAAAAUAUUAUUUGUUGUGUUUUAUAAUUUAGAAAAGUACGAUGAAUGUUUUGUUUUUAUGGUAAGCGAAAAAUAUACCACUUCAAUAAUUUUUUUUCUUCUGUAGUUGGACAUAAUAUUUAUUAUCAUAACUAUAAAAUAUUCACAAAUAUAUAUAUAUUUUAAUUUUUUACAAGUUAUUUUUAUAAUGUCUCCCAGUGCAUUAUUAUAUAAUUAUAUA